AUGAGGCCUCUUCAGUGCCUCGCUUCGCGCCGCCGGCUGGCAGCCGUUAUUGUGUGCCUCUUCCUGAUGGCGAUCGUGCCUCCUCUCUCCUGCGCGAGCCGGCCGCCGGGCUCCGUGCCUCCUCCAGGCUUUGUCAGCUCCAACAGCAGUGCCGCCCUUUUUCCGUCUCCGGCAACUGCGCCGCAGGUUGGCGCUGCGUUGGCGCAGCCUUCGGUCUCCUCUGCAGAGGGGGCUUCGCUGGAGCGGGAGCCCGACUCCCUCGCUAGCCGACGGGGCGUGGCCCUGUCACGGGACUCUCCCCCGCAGCCGCCGCCAGCCGACGCAGGCGUUCAAGGCCUUCAGCGUCAGGCAGGCGUUCCUGCGCGCGUGGGCGGCCCAACCGGGCCGCAAGAAGACCCCAUCGAACCGGGUGCCCAGGCUGCUGCUGGAGGCGGCAGCGGCUUCCCGCGCGAUGCGACUCAGGGGCUCGCCAGCCUUGCGCAGCCCGACACCAGCCCCCAGCCGCCAGACCCGGCGCGUCUUUUAUUCCGCCACAAAGGGAGUGCGCCGCAGGUCCAAGAGUCCAGACCUUUGUGGGCAAAGACGUUCGCAGGCGCGGAUGCUUCGGGUGCGACCAUAGGCCACACAGUCUUGCCUGCCUCGGCUCCGACCAGGCAAAUAUCUCGCGCGGCCGUGGACCUUUUUCACGAGGGGGCGUUAACUGCAGCUGGCCCUACCGUUCAGCCCUCUCCAUACACCUCACCUGAGGCCACUUCCUACGGCGGCGAGCCUUCCCUGUCGCGGCCGACGUCCUCGGAUGCAGGGGAGGGGGGGAUCGCGUUGAGUGGCGCAGGAAAUGAGUCAGCAGCAGACCGCAGAGAGGGGCUUGAAGCCGCCGGCGAAACAGCAUCUGCGGGCGCGGGUGGAGCGCCCAGCGGCCCCUCGUCUGGCGCGGAGUCGGGUGUCUCUACACCGAUACCAGGCGAACGCCCAGCCGAGACACUGACCGAUGCAGACAAACUGGCAGUGAGCCGGCAGAGGCUCCAGGAGUUGAUUCGCGUCUCAAAUCAAGAGAUGGCAAUUCCGGAAGUUUCUUCGCCGGAGGGCAGCCCCGGGUUCGUGCUCUCCCAGGGUUCGUUUCCUCGCAUGCCUCCUGGCGUGGCUGCGGGCUCCUCCUUCCCAGGUCCCCCGCCGUCCUCGCCUGGGCCUGCGAGCGUCGAUGUCUCUACGGGCUCGCUGCCUGCCGCGCCUCAACAGGUGCGACCACCGGCCUCGACAGCCAGAGGCGCGGCGGAGGGGCUGGCGGCCCCGCUCUCGCCUACUCGGAACCCCGCGGAUGCCUCGUCUGCUUCAGCGCCGUCCUCUGCCUCAGGCGCUUCGUCUUUUCUGCCACCCUCUCCCUCCUCUGCAAGUUCAGGCGGCGGCGCCGAAGGCCAUCGGGGGGUUCUCGAUCUGCCGGGCUCCACAGCGGGCCUCCCGCCUGCGCAGGGCGCUCAGGAGGCAUAUGGCGUCGCGGAGACGAGCCUGGAGGGCCCAUCUUCGCCCCCGGGGAAAGCCGAGGAGGAAGCGCCGCCAGUGCUGCCGCACAGCUCGUUCAUCUCCGUCGCGCUUCUUCUUCAAUCGCUAUUUGUCUUUGCGAGUCUCGCGGCGGCCGGGGGCAUCGGAGGGGGCUCGGUCUUCGUCGCGCUGUUGGUCGGCCUGGGGCACAUGCAUCUCUCCUACGCCAUCCCCAUCAGCAAAGUAAUGGUUUUCUCCUCGUCGUUUUCGAGUUUUCUGCUGAAUCGAAAACUGGAGCGGCAAACGGCCGAAGACGCCCGGGCCGUCGCACAGGACUGGGUAGAUCUGCUGGUGCCGCUGGCGCUGUCUGGCUCUCUGGUUGGUGUUCUGCUGAACACGGUACUCCCGGCACUGUACCUGCUUCUAUUGCUGUCGGUGCUUCUUCUGGGCCUCUCGGUGCGAACGAUUGCGUCGGCACUCCGCAUUUGGCGCAGCGAACGAGAAGCCUCGGCGCAACAGCCCUUCGACGAAGUCCUCCUCCCGAGCCCGACGACUUCUCCACGCGGCGGCGCGUCCGCGGCUGCCGCGCCGUUCACGCCGACGUCUCGCCCAGCUUACCUCAUCGAUUCCCGUCUGCCGCCCGCGGCAGCGCCUCACGCCUUCGCAGUCACGGCGUCGCACAGCGCCAUUCCGCCGUUAGCUAUAUUCCCUGACGACGCGCAGGGGCCGGCGGGAGGGUCGCAGUCCGCGACUCCUGCGAGUCCCUUGCGUUAUCCUCCGUCCGUGCCUCGUGAGGAGCUGAGGACAUCCUCGCCCUCACAUGCAGCAGGCACUGAGUCGGGCGGGAUAUUCGGCCGUCCUCUGUGCGGCGACGAAGACGCCGAUGCGUGCCUUGAGGCUUCUGCGCACGCCGCCGCGGUGGACAUUGCAGUCGUGCUGCCAGAGGAGAUCGACGGAGACUCUCGGGGUCGCGGCGCGGAAGAGGAAACCAGUGGACUCGCGCGCGGAGGCAAGGCGGGCGGCCGCGCCUUCGCGGCCAAUGUAGACGCGGCGGAGGACGGAGACGCCACGGGCCAUCAUUUCGCAGCGAGCGCAGACGCGGGCUCGCAGCUCGGGGUGGUUUUGGCUCGGCUGCGCGAUGCUGGAGCGCUGACUGCAGCGCAUACCGAUGGAGCUCUGCCGGAAGGCGCAUACAGGAUCAACGAGAGCGACGCCGUGUACGAAGACGGCUGUGCAUUGCCCGAUGGCCUGGGUUUGCCCUUUCGGCCCCAGAUGCAGCGCGCCGCCCCAGAAGAAAAGGCAGAUAAUGACGGCGAGCCCGAGUCUGGCGGGCGAGGAAGCGACGAAGCUGGAGAGAGACGACCCGCUGCAGAGGCUGUCGAGGAAGCCGGGGGGUAUGCACAACACGGCAGUUGCGACGCGCGGGGGGACGGCGAGCGUGAGGCAGAAGGAACUGUCAGUGGACGCUCGGGUGGUACAGCGCCGGCUGACGACGGGGAGGCUGCUUUGAAUGGCCAAGUGUCCCGCUCAGCUGUUCUCCGCGCGCCGGUUGCUUCGCCCUGUUCGCCUUCGGCCCACGCCCGCUUUCCACGCUUUUACUCGCUAGAAGACGAAGAAGAUCUCUCUCACAUUUCGUCUUUCGUGUCUCAGGCUGAGGCAUCUGGCGCCGCGCUAGGCAGCCACCUGUCUGCUUCAUCGAUCUUCACCUCCUCGUCAGACCCCAGCGAUGCGGCGUUCGCCCCUUCCUCGGCCGCGCCCUUCUCGGCAGAGGCGGAUGGCGAGACUCGAGGCGCGUUCUCGAAGGCCCUCCACCUGCUGCGCUUCGCAUGCGAAGGCAUCGCUCCUUCUUCGCGGGCCGACCCCUACGACGACGCACUAGCGUCUUUCUCUGCAGCGUCCAUCGAGACUGGGAUUGACCCGACCUUGCUGCUGCCGUCAUCAGGGGGGGCGUCCGGGUCGGAUUUUCGGUUUGGUGCUUCUUCCGCGCCGACCGCGCCAUCAUCUUUUGUUUCAACUGAGCACCUCGCUUCCUACAGAGGCGUGUCUGAUGACGCCGCAGGCGAGGCCGUCCACGAGGGGCAACGCGAGAGGCGCGCGCGAGACCAAGGGCAGGGUGUCUUUGAAGGCCCUCUGCAUGCGCGCUCUUCCCUGCUUCGUGCGACGGCGGAUUCCUCUCGCUCUCUCCUUCGGUCUCCAGCUGCGGCGCUGCUCUCUCCGCUGACCAAGCUGCGUGCGUCCCCGGUCUUUCAGAAGGCGCAGAAAGCCGUCCUCGAAGCGGAUCGUCUGUGCUUCCAGGGUGGCGCGGAGACGCCCCACUACUUUGUCCUUCUUCUCCUCUUGGUCGUCAACGUCUUCGCAAGCUCGCUUCUGCAUUUGUUCCGCAAACACGAAAACCUCUGCGGUGCCGCAGUGACGGCGGGUGUCUCGCUCGUCCUGGGGGUAUACGUGCAGGCCCGACUGUCGAUGCGCAUCUUCGGAAAGCACGUGCCCGCUGGCGCUGCUCCAGCGCCCCCAACGCGCCAGGGGCUUCUGCAUGCGGCAGCGGCGUGCCAUGCGUAUGUGUUCAAAGCUGUGAAGUUCGGGGCGAAGCAGGCAGGCAGAGGGCUGCGCCGAUUAGCCGAAGGAGGCGCGACGCUUCUCCGAAGUGUGGGAAUUCUCCCGAGCUCCAUGGCGGCGUCGCAGGCGUUCCUGCAAGAGCGAGACAGUACCCGGGACUCGAUCGAAAUCGCCCAGCUGUCGUGUCGGGCACGCUUGCGGGACGCUGGCGGAAAUCCCUUCGUCCACGCGAUCGGCGACAUCCAAGAAAUCGAGUUAGCCGAGGACGGGGCAGGCCCCGAGGGCCUCGCGCUUGAUCUGUCCUCUCUGACGGGCGAUGGAGAGGGUCGCUGCGCUCCUCGGCCGUUGCCGGACACAAAUCCCUUCGCUCUCGAUCUUGGACCGCCUGAGCGCCAGUCUGCGCGGGCCGACCGCCGCAGCGGCGCGACUCCGCCCGUGUCGUGGUGUUCGCUCUUCUUCACAGGUCGCAGGCUUUCCCCCACAGUGGCGCUCCCUCCCCUGUUUGUGACGCCUGCUGUCGGUUUUUUCACAGGCGUCUUUGCGGGGCUCAUUGGAAUUGGUGGCGGAGUGGUGUUCUCGCCCUUUUUGCUCCUCAUGGGCAGCGACCCCGUCGCCGCCGUCGCAACGGCCUCGGCGUGUGUGGUUUUCACCUCUGCAUCCACGUCUCUCCAGUUUCUGCUCAUCGGGCGCCUGCCCCUGCUCUUUGCGUCUCUCUUCGGCGUGGUGGCAGCCGCCGCCGCCGCGACAGCCACGUGCGGCAUUCACAGAUUUCGAAGAGCCGUGGGGGGGCGCAUGAGCGUCAUCGCCGCUUGCGUUGCGCUAGCCGUAACUGUUGCGUCGGUGCUCACGAUGUGGAGAUGCGUCGAGACCGCUAUGUUUGGCGGACACUGA